UUUCGAAAACAACGAAGCAUUGAUUUUCUUAAUAAAAUUCAUUUGUCAUACAAUCAUAUGUAUUCAAUUAACACUAAUCGUCUGUGAUAAGAUGAACCAGAAUAAACCCUAUUAUGCAGUUGUGUCGGGUUUGUGUGCAGCAUUAGCUAGUUUUUCUGGAAAACUGAGUUCAUACAGUCAACAUCUUGCACGACAUAUCGGCAAUGAACAGCUCGAUAAUUUCGCUCUAAUUCUUUGCCUCGGUAUAAUGGUGCUGCUGAAUGCUUGCGUAUGGCGAUUCUUCGUCAAGGCCCUCCACUCCAACGGAGGAACACUGGUGGCAUCGUUAGUGAGUGCAGCGACGAAUUAUAUUGUGUCGGCCAUUAUCGGAUGGAUGUUCUUUCAUGAGAAAACAACUGCUGUUUGGUGGUUUGGAACCGUACUGGUUUUAGGAGGCUUACUGCUCAUAGUAUACGAUGGGGAGGCGGAGAAGACAAAAAGCAAACCGAGUUAGUCAAUAAAAAUUUUAUGUAUGUGAAAAGUUUUAAUAUAAAUAUAUAUUGUAAAAACAUUUUUUACUUAUGUUGUAAAGUACUCUUGUCAUACAAGUUCUAAAUCGGUCACAAACGAAAAGCGAAGCUGCUGCAAAAAAAAACCUCACUCAAAGCGUUGUUCUUACCGCCGUUUUUGCUCUACUAAUGGUCGCCACAACAGGAUUGAUGAUAACGUAUAGCGUCACGGCAAAGAUUCCGAUCAGCAGCGAUAGACGAACGCGCUCAUUGUUGUCUUCCUGGAACCAAGCCGAGUACACUCCCAGCCCUAUGGUUACCAUUCCCAUAACGUAAGUCACAGUUCCAGCGAUACCGUGCAUGAUCUUCGAAUAGAUUGGUCGCAUUAUGUGGCGCAACUGGAAGCCGUAUUUCGUGAAAACACCACCAGCGAUCGAGAUAAUUGUGAGAACGAAGGUGAUUAAUCCGACUAUAGCGUGAAGCGUUUGAAAAUGGGCUUUGCCCAUGCGAAUCUUGUUCAGGACGAUGCACACGAAGGCAAUCGUGAUCAGAGUUCCGGCGAUUGCCUGCAGCAGCCAGUGGAUCACGAUUCGAGUUUUGUAGUGGCGCUUGUAUGUGAGAAAAUUACCGCCGGAAAGUGUCAUGACAGCUUGCGACAUGAAAAUGAUAUACUGUGGAGCAAAGUGGGAGAAGAGAAACAGAUAUUAACUUUUAACAUAAUAGUGUCACCAUAUUUUUGGCACCACCCUGAUAAAACAAAGCAUAUCAGCCACUGCAACAGGUGUUAUGUUUAACUUACCCCGGCGCUCAUCAGCGAAGGAUGCCACGAAAACAAAACGGUAGCCUUAUUGAAGCAGUGAUAAGUGAUGAAGCCUGCUAUCGUGAACACCAGGAAAUUUGCCAACACAUUUACUAGGAUCAACCGUUUGCUCAGCAUCCUCACAGGUUGGGGUCUAUUGGAGGGUAUUUGUUGAUGUGUCUUGUCCUCUCGUGACGGUGAGUUUUCGUUCCUGUGUCCGAGAGCCUCAGCUGUAGAAACGAUUUCAUCAGCCUCUACGUCCCCCAUAACGCUGAUAAUCUCUUCGCUGUUGCUUUCUUCGCCGCUAUGAUGAUAGCUGCUAUUCCUUCGACUUCCCGGGGGCAGGUCUUUGUGAUCUAAAUCAGCUGGAAAAACAUAAACAAAGCUGUCAGUUAAGUAAACACUCAGGGCUGUGAAGUUUCGUUAACUUUAGUU